GGCAAAAAUGCAGAGCUCUGUGAUACAUCCAGAAUCAAUAAUAGAUUGGCUACAAAAUGAAAUGGAAUAUAGACCAUCAGGUCUCUACAUUAACUCAUCAAUGCCAUCACCCGAUUCAAUUCGUAGGGUUUGUAGAGGAAACAUGGUUCCUGUUUUUGAAUUCUUAACAAAAAGGGUUAAAUCCAAGAAAACGGUCGAUAUCAUUCGCCGUAAUAUCCUUGUUCAUGGAAAAAAAGACAAUGCUGGUGGUGUAGAGGGUACGAAAAGUGUGGAGAGUCGAAAAAUGAGCAGAGGAGGGAAGAGGAAAGCAAAGAUUAGUGAGAUUGUGAAUGAGAAUGAUAAAGAGACGGCUUUGCAGGAGAGGGAAACGGCGCAAAAGGACGUCGAGAGGUUGAGGCACGUUGUGAGACGGAAAAGGAAGGAGCUGAAGUCGAAAAUGUUGGAGGUUUCUCGUGAAGAGGCUGAUCGCAAACGGAUGCUUGAUGAACGGUCAAAUUAUAGGCAUAAGCAGGUAAUUCUGGAAGCUUAUGAUUCACAUUGUGAUGAAACAGCAAGGAUAUUUGCGCAAUAUCAAAAGCAUCUUUGUUACUAUGUUAAUCAAGCAAAGGAUGCUCAGGGGCUGGAGAUUGAUUAUCCAGUAAAUGGUUUUCAAGCGGAGAAUGAGAAAGGUUGGAAAGCUGCUAAUGAUGUAUUUCAUUCCGAGACGAGCAAAGAAAGGGAUAUUCGUAUGGCAUGUGAAUCACUUGCAGUACAAAUGAUUGAAAAGGUUCACAAUUUAUUUCCUGCAUAUGAAGGAGUUGGUAUUCAUUUGAACCCGCAACUAGAAAUUGGCAACUUAGGUAUUGAUGUUGAGGGGGAUAUACCUAAUGAGGUUCGUGAUGUGAUUCUCAGUUGUCUUAAAAGUCCCCAUCAGUUGCUUCUGGACAUAACCGCUUACACUCAACGGUUGAAAUAUCUAAUUGCUAAAGAAACAGAGAAAAAUGAUGCUAUAACUGAUGCAGAAACAUUAAGGUACAAGUAUGAGAAUAACAGAUUAAUGGAUGCUUCUCCUGAUUUAGGCUCACCAUUACAGCUUCAGCUGUAUGGUAAUGGUAAUAAUGGGAUUGACAUGUCAUCUAAAGGAACCCGAUACCUACAAUUUCAAAGACAGAAAGCACAUGUUCAGCAAUUCGUGGCUACCGAAGAUCAACUCAACAAAGCUGCAGAGGCUAGAAGUGCAUGUCAAAAGCUUUUAAAGCGUUUAUAUGGAAGUAGUGAUGCUGAUCCUUCAUUGUCAUUCAGUUUUGGAAGGACUUCACAGAGCAUGAGUAGUCUCAGACAGUUGGAGCUGGAUGUUUGGGCAAUGGAAAGAGAAGCUGCUGGACGAAAGGCUAGCUUGACCAUAUUGACUUCUGAAGUUCAGCGUUUGAACUUGUUGCGUGAUGAGAGGAAGGAAGUUGAAAGUUCUUUGAAUAAGAAGCGGAAGAAAAUUGAAGAAUUUGAUGCUCGAAGAUUGGAGCUUAAGUCCAUUUCUGAUGCUCUAAUGAGAGCAAACACGGAUGCUGCAUCAUUCUGGAGUCAUCAACCAUUAGCGGCAAUGGAGCAUGCAUCAAACACCAUCAUUCCAGCAUGUACAGUGGUUAUCAACAAAACAAAUAGUGUAAAAGAUCUUAUUGACGAAGAAGUGUCGACCUUUACUCGCUGUCCUGACAAUAGCCUUUACGUGCUUCCAUCAACACUGCAGGGACUAUUGAAGUCUAUGGGUCCCAGCUGUUCUACUGGAUCUGAAGCAAUUGCUGAUGCAGAAAGGAAUGCCGCCCUACUGACUGCGAGAGCCGGAGCUGGAGACCCGUCUGCGAUUCCUUCCAUAUGUCGUAUUUCUGCCACCCUCCAGUAUCCUGCAGGAUUUGAAGGUUCGGAAGAUAGCUUAGCAUCAGUGUUGGGGUCCAUGGAAUUUUGUCUGAAGUUGCGUGGUUCCGAGGCUUGCGUAUUGGAGGAGUUAUUGAAGGCUGUGAAUUUGGUUCAUAUAAGAAGGGAUCUUGUUAAUAGUGGUCAUGCAUUAUUAACUCAUGCUUAUGAUGCUCAAAAUGCACAUAAAAGCACCACGAGUCACUUACUAAACCAAGCUUCUGAACAAGAACGGAUAAUAAUGGACAAGUGGUUGCCUGAGAUCAAGAGUGGAAUUGCGAAUACUCGGAAAUCUUUGAAUGAUUGCAAAUACGUCGAUGCUUUGCUUGAUGAAUGGUGGGAGCAACCAGGAUCAACAAUUGUUGAUUGGGUAACUGUAGAUGGACAAAAUGUUGCGGCUUGGCAUAAUCAUGUGAAGCAACUUCUUACAUAUUAUGACAAGGAGCUUCGGGAAAGUUCUUAAUCUUUUGUUUUUUUUUAUUAUUUUUAUUUUGGUAUGAUAAUGUCAUUUUCUGUAUGUCUCAAGUGUCUGAUC